UAAUCCUUAUGUCUUAUGCCUGUAUUUAAUUUCCAUUGAGCCGGCAGAGGUUGCAAGCAAAAUGUGUUAAUUUAUAAUAUUCGUAAAUAAGUGGCCAAUAUGAUAGAUUUUAAUAUAAUAUUACUAUAUAUGGUGUUAGUUUGUCCGUUAGGGGUUUUUUGCCAUGGAAUGAAGAACUAUGGGCCACAUGGUGAAACAGACCACGUCCACACGAAGGAGACACCAUGUGACGUGUGUCCGAGGUACGGGCGUUGCGUACCGAAGGUCCAGUGCCCAGCCCACGUGAGACCAGCGUCGUACAACCCCUCAUGUCAUCUCGACGGAGACCACAUUGGCGUUUGCUGCUUCACAGGGUCUGGCCAUGCUGCGGAAUCUGAGCGCACCUCCCGCGCUUCCGUCUCGAUCAACGUGGAUGACGUCAAGAUAUCCCACAACCGCUCCCGGCACAAGCUGAAGGAGUGGCUCGCGAGGUCCGAGAAGCUUCUCGAAAGAUCUAGCGAUACUGUUGUUAAUACUUCUGCGCCUAGUUUUGGACAUCAUUUGUCCAUGGUAACGUACGAUAAAAGAGCAGAUAGUCUGGGACGUGGUGCUCUGAUGAAUCUCUUCGCUGCGCAAGAGUUGAGGGCUCGUGAUGCGCUAUCGGAAGAACAGCUGUCUUUGGGAUUUGCUGAGCACACUGAUGGUCCCUUCUGCCCUCCAACGCCAUCGUGUCCCACGCCUCCCAGUCAAUUCCGAUCCUUAGGAGGAGAAUGUAAUAACCCUUCGAUUCCGAGCUGGGGUGCUGUGAACACCGGGUUUGAGAGGCUUCUACCACCAGCCUAUAAUGAUGGUGUGUGGGAAAUGCGAAGAUCCACCAUAGGUAUCACAUUGCCAAGUGGAAGGGCAGUCAGUAUUGCCCUGGUUCUAGAAGGGAGCCAUCCCAGCCCCACUCACAAUCUUAUGUUCAUGCAAUUCGGACAGUUCGUCGCCCAUGACAUAAGUGCUGGAGUGGUCUUUGGUAUUGGUAAUGGUAGUGCUAUCUCCUGCUGCGUAGGCGACGGGGAAGGCUUCCUUCCCCUGGAGCUACAGCACUGGGCUUGCGCACCUAUUGCGACAGACCCUCAGGAUCCGUUCUUCGGCCACUUCCGCCAUACCUGCCUGAACUUCGUGCGCGCGCAGCUGGCGCCUGCCAGUGAUUGCUCGGUUGGAUAUGCUAAGCAGAUGAAUGGUGCGACACACUACCCAGACCUAUCCCAUCUGUACGGCAGCUCCCCAGAGAAAUUUGGAUCUCUUAGAGGUCCAGGUGGCUUACUGAAUACCUUCAACGAUUAUGGGAGGGAACUUCCUCCCUUAACUGUGAGGGAAGAGUGCCUCACUGCGAAAGAUGGCGCUGCGUGUUUUGAAUCAGGAGACAACCACGGCAACCAGCUGAUCUCUCUCACUGUGCUCCACACGAUUUGGACUCGAGAACACAACAGGAUAGCUCGUGUCUUAACUAAGCUUAACCCUGGAUGGAAUGAGGAACUAGUCUUCUUGGAGACCAGGAGAAUAGUCCAGGCGGAGUACCAGCACAUCAUUUUCAAUGAAUGGCUUCCUUUGCUCUUGGGUCCAGAAAUAGUCCAGAUGUUCAAGCUGGCUCCUUCAGCGGGCUACUCCUCCACAUACGACCCUUUGGUGAAUCCAUCCCUGACAGCGGAGUUCGCUGCAGCUGCCAUGAGGUUUGGACACUCCAUCGUCGACGGGAAGAUUCAGAUCCAAAGUCCCCAUUCUCACGACGUGUACGAAACAAUAUCAAUCCCCGAAGUUAUGUUUCAACCGUCGAGGAUGCGCUUGCGUCGAUUCUUGGACCAGCUUCUCAACGGUCUGAGCUGGCAACCGAUGCAGAAUGUCGAUCCGUUUCUUACUGAAGGGCUAACAUCAUACCUGUUUCGUGGAGGCAACCCGUAUGGCAUAGACCUGGCGGCCAUAAAUAUCCAGAGAGGGAGGGACUACGGCCUCCGCUCAUACAACGACUACAGGCGACUGUGUGGUUUGCCCCCCUUCGUGGAUUUUAGCCAGUUUCCGCCCAGGGCCGCCCAGCGCUUAGCCUCGGUCUACAACAGCCCCAAGGACAUAGACUUGUGGGUUGGGGGGCUGCUAGAAGAACCAGUAGAUGGUGGAAUAUUAGGUCCAACCUUCGCUCACAUCAUAGCUGACCAGUUCUCAAGGUUGAAGAUAGGAGAUCGGUAUUUUUAUGAGUACGGAUCUGAUGUUAACCCUGGAGCGUUUACGUCAAGUCAACUAGCAGAGAUAAAGAAGGUGACUUUAUCACGCAUUAUUUGUGACAACAGAGAUGGGAUAGAGCUCAUGGCGCAACCACCAGACGCGUUAUUAAGGGCUGACCUGCCAGGUAACGCACCAGUCCCUUGUGAAAGUACGCUCAUACCGGCAAUGAAUCUUAUUAAAUUUAAGGAACAGUGAAUUUUUUAAAUAUUAAUUAGAAUUAAUAUUUUGAACUCCAAUGGAAUUGAAUUAAGAACCUAAUUUAAGUUAAAUAUAUCAUAAAUUGUAAUGAAAUUGCUGCCAACUAAGUGACUGUAGUUACGUUAUAUAUUAUUUCGGAAGUUUGGAUGAACAAAUUAAAUAAAUUUACAAAUACCAUAA